GCCUCAGUGCGGAGCGCGGCGGGCGGUGCGCGCGCCAGAGCCAUAGGCGCAGGGCUGGAGCGCGCGGGCGCGGCGCAGAGCGCGCAAACCCACACGGACGGCGGGGCCCCGACAGCUGCGCCUCCGCGCUCGCUCUCCUCCUCCGCCCAGCGCCCACCGGCCGGCGUCCCGCCCAGCCCGCCGCGCACCCCGGCUCCCGAUGGCGCCCGAGGCUGGGGAGCCCCCGAGCGCGCGGCGCCCGCUUCCCUGGGCGGCGCUGCUGCUCCUAGCCGUGCUGCUGCCCGUCGUCUUGUCGGUGGGGCCUCCAGCUGACCACCCACUGAAGCCAAGGCACGUGAAACUGCUGUCCACUAAAAUGGGCCUGAAAGUCACGUGGGACCCACCCAAAGAUGCUACCAGUAGACCUGUGGAGCAUUACAACAUUGCCUAUGGGAAGUCAAUGAAAAGUCUUAAAUACAUCAAGGUGAAUGCGGAGACGCACUCCUUCCUUAUUGAGGAUGUGGAGCCGGGGGUAGUGUACUUUGUGCUGGUUACUGCAGAAAACCACAGUGGAGUGAGCCGUCCAGUUUACAGAGCUGAAAGUCCACCCGGAGGUGAAUGGAUCAAGAUUGAUGGUUUUCCCAUUAAGGGUCCAGGACCAUUUAAUGAAUCCAUCACAGAAAAGGAAGUGCCAAACAAGCCCUUGCGUGUCCGCGUCCGAUCCUCAGACGACCGGCUGUCUGUUGCGUGGAAGGCACCACGCCUGUCCGGAGUCAAGAGUCCACGCAGAUCACGAGGUUUUCUUCUGGGCUAUGGAGAAAGUGGCCGGAAGAUGAAUUACGUUCCACUGACAAGAGAUGAGCGAACACACGAAAUUAAGAAGCUGGCCUCUGAGUCGGUGUACGUGGUCUCCCUGCAGUCCCUGAACUCUCAGGGGCAGAGCCAGCCAGUCUACAGGGCCGCCCUCACGAAACGGAAGAUUUCAGAAGAGGAUGACCUGGACAUCCCUGAAGACAUCAACGUGCGGGUCAUGUCGUCUCAAUCUGUGCUCGUAGCCUGGGUAGACCCUCUUGUGGAAAAACAGAAGAAAGUUGUUGCAUCUAGACAGUACACUGUGCGCCAUCGAGAAAAGGGGGAGUCAGCAAGGUGGGACUACAAGCAGGUUUCCAACAGACGCGUGCUGGUCGAGAACCUGAUUCCAGACACCAUGUAUGAAUUUGCAGUCCGUAUUUCACAGGGCGAAAGGGAUGGCAAAUGGAGUACAUCUGUCUUUCAGAGAACACCAGAAUCUGCUCCUACCACAGCUCCUGAAAACUUAAACGUCUGGCCAGUCAAUGGCAAACCUACAGUUGUGACUGUAGCUUGGGAUGCACUGCCUGAGACGGAGGGGAAAGUGAAAGAAUACAUUCUUUCAUACGCCCCGGCUCUCAAACCAUUCGGAGCCAAGUCCCUCACCUAUCCUGGAGAGACUACUUCUGCGCUAGUGGAUGGUCUGCAGCCUGGGGAACGCUAUCUUUUCAAAAUCCGGGCCGCGAACAGGAGAGGACAGGGGCCUCACUCCAAAGCCUUCGUUGUCGCUAUGCCAACCCUUACCAGUGAGACGGAUGGUCAGCAGAAAGCAGACUCAGAGAACUGGAACCCUAAAAAACCCGAACCUCCCUCAGCGCCUCCCAAAGCUCCAGCUUCCUUAGGACACACCCAUUUGCCUGUUUCUCCCAGGGGCAGAAAUGUCAAGAACUCUCUUCUUGAUUUGAAGAACAAAAUACUGGCCAAUGGUGGGGUGCCCAGGAAACCCCAACUCCACCCUACAAAGACUGAAGGGUUGGAUCUUCAGUCGACAGAAAUCACCGCAGAGUUGGAGCUGGAUUCCCAAGGCGACCCACCAAUGUCACCCUCGGAGACCCAAGACCAGAAGCCACAGCAGAGGCCACCAAGUAGAUCUGUCCACCCGAUUCUCACUUCUGGAAGGACUCCAGUGAGAGCGCGAAUGCCAGUGCCGCCCCGAAGGGAAGGCGUGGAUAGGGAUGGCUCCUCCCUGGCCUCCCACCCUCGUCCUUCUUUCCCCAACAGGCCCACCGAGGGCAGCGCUCCCCGCCCUUCAGGGGGGCCCUCUUCCAACCUACCUUCCAGUUCUGCUGACAAUGACUCCGUGGGCCAAGAGGAGGAAGCACCAGCCGCAGGUUAUCCGCACCCCAAGGCCACCGCCUCGCAGCAGCCGCCUCCCAAGAGCCCUGUCCAUGCGCGGCCAGCGCUGGGGCCCAGCCGCCAGUCGGCCUCGGGCGCCCUGCGGGACAGCUCUGUGCACUAUGGCACAAAACCAGCCCUGCCCGCUCGGAGGGAACCCCAUGUUGGGGAUGGGGAGGAAAAUUCGAGUGCUUCAGCCCCACCGUCGAGACUUUCUCUAUCCCAGGGGGGCUCAUCUUGGCCACUGCCCACCGAACCACAGCCCGGAUCUCCCCUCUCCAGGGGCUGGAAGGAUGGGCAAGACGGCCCGGCCGCCAAGUCCUAUGCGCCUUCCCGGUCUACCAAGCCUUCCUCGGUCUCUUCUCGUCUCUCCUCAAGGGCACAGGUGUCCGAGGGAGUGGCCGCCUCUGAAGGUGAUGGUGACAACGACGCGCAAGUUGGAGGAAGGCAGGCCGAGGCCACCGCCCCGACGUUUCGGGCCCGGCUGCCUGCAGGUCCACCUGUCCCUGGACAUUACAGUUUGCUCAGAAACAAGCCCUUUGUUGCCCACAGCAGGUACCCAAACAGGCUUGGCAGCGGCCGGGGACCCCGCUUACAGGUUGCCAGCUCCCCGCCAGCCACUGUGUCCCCCCGCGUUCACUCGAGGGCGAAUUCCCACCCAGCUUCUGACCACAGGCGAGGCUUGGAGAUCCGUGGGGACAGCGAGGAGCGAGAGGCAGAGGACGAAAAGCCCCUCUCUGCCACCAUGGGAAAUGAGCGCGUGCCUUCCUCCAGGCAGCCUGCCUUCCGGAGCAGGGAGCACCUCAGGCGAGGCCCCCAGCGAGGGGCGAGCCUGCAGCGGAAGGACGCCCUGGCGGAGACGCCCCUGUCCUCCAGGCCCCCGGCGGCCCCGCAGCCGCCCCGUGGCCCGCAGCGCCUGGACGUGGGGCACCCGCCGUCCAGACCCAGGCCCGCGCCCGCCCCGGUGGGCCGGCCGCACCCCACGCUGCAGGGCGGCGCCUCCUCCGACCCCCACGAGGCCCGAGGCAGUCAGUCUCCGCUCGCAGCUAGCUCCCGAGGGGUGCUCCCCACGUCUCCCCGGAAUCACGACGAGGACUCCGAGCGCAAACUCGGCGGAAGGCAGCACGACGGCACGGAGGCCGAGGCCGAGGCGCGAGCCGUCGGGUCGCCCGCACACCCAGCCCAGGCCAAGGACGCCGCCCCGUCGCCACCCAAGCACCGCCAGGUGGACACUCGGGCCAGGGGCUCGGACAGCCUCCUGCGCAGACUCCCCGGCAGGCCCGGCAGCCACCACACCCACAUCCGCCCCAGGGGGUCGGGCAGGGCCGGGCCCCGGGAGGCGGGGAAGGAGGACGGGGCCCCCCGGGCUUCGCCGCCCAAGCGGGAGCCCCUCACGUCCAAGUCUCAGCAGUCCGUGUCAGCAGAGGCAGAGGAUGAAGACCUGGCGUUUUUUAAAAGAAAAAAGGACGAGGACUCUCUGUCCUCAGUUUCAAAGUGGCCCUCGUCCUCCAUCCCCAGGGGCAACAAGUUUGCCGAUGGGAACAUCAGAAAGGGGGAGACAGCGCCGGCCAUAGUGCUGGCGCCCCCGAGAGUGAGUGCCCCCGCGGACAGGAGCGCCACUCCGGUGAAGCGUCCGCCUCCUCCUCCAGGCAGCCCUGCACGGGCCUCGCUUCUCCCUCCCAGACAGCCCCCUGGCAGCCCUGCCACCCCAAGCCCCACAGUGGGCACCCCCGCCCCACCGCGGUACACCACCCGCGCCCCUCCCGUCUAUUCCUCCACCACCCCGAUGCUCUCCCUCCGCCAGCGCAUGAUGAACUCCAGGUUCCGGAACCCUUUUUCACGCCAGCCUGUGAGACCCCCUUUCAGGCAAGGUUAUAAUGGCAGACCAAAUGUAGAAGGGCAAGUACUUCCUGGUAGUGAUGGAAAGCCAAGUGGACAAAGAACUAUCAAUGGCCCUCAUGGAACAAAGUGGGUUGUGGAUCUUGAUCGUGGGUUAGUAUUGAAUGCAGAAGGAAGGUACCUCCAAGAUUCCCAAGGAAAUCCUCUUCGGGUUAAACUAGGAGGAGAUGGUCGAACCAUUGUGGAUCUGGGUGGGACCCCUAUGGUGAGCCCUGAUGGUCUCCCCCUCUUUGGGCAAGGGCGGCAUGGCAAACCCCUGGCCAGUGCCCAGGAUAAGCCCAUUUUGAGUCUUGGAGGGAAGCCCUUGGUGGGCUUGGAGGUCAUCAAAUCAACUAUCCACGUUCCUACCACAACCAUGCGACCUACCACUACCACAACCCCACGGACCACCACGACAACCCCUCAGCCCACGACUACCACCACCCGCCGCACGACUACCACCACGCGCCGCACGCCCACCACCACGCGCCGCAUGACCACAACCUCCCGCCGCACGACCACAACCACACGCCGCACAACCACCACCACGCGCCGCACAACCACCACCUCCCGCCCCAUUACCACCACCUCCCGCCGCACGACCACUACCACGCGCCCAACCACCACCAUCCGAACCACUAUGCAGACAACCACCACCACCACCCCUGAGCCCACCACCCCCGUUCCCACCUGUGCCCCUGGGACCCUGGAACGACAUGAUGAAGACGGCAAUCUCAUAAUGGACUCAAGUGGGGUCCCGGAGUGCUACCCUGAGGAAGAUGGUUUCUCAGGGUUGGAGAGCGACACAGCAGUGCCCACGGAAGAGGCAUACGUGAUCUAUGAUGAAGAUUAUGAAUUUGAGACGUCGAGGCCACCAACCACUACCAAGCCCCCUCCCACCACGGCCGCCCCCGAGGUGAUCCCACCAGAGGGCCCCAUCAGCUCCUUUCCCGAGGAAGAAUUUGAUCUGGCUGGAAAGAAACGAUUUGUUGCUCCUUAUGUGACAUACCUAAGUAAAGACCCCUCAGCUCCGUGUUCUCUGACUGAUGCCCUGGAUCACUUCCAAGUGGAGAGCCUGGAUGAAAUCAUCCCAAAUGACAUGAGGAAGAGUGACCACCCCCCUCAGCAUGCUCCCCGCAACAUCACUGUGGUUGCUAUGGAAGGCUGCCACUCAUUUGUCAUUGUGGACUGGGACAAAGCCACCCCGGGAGAUGUGGUAACAGGUUACUUGGUUUACAGUGCAUCCUAUGAAGACUUCAUCAGGAACAAGUGGUCCACCCAAGCUUCAUCAGUGACUCACUUGCCCAUUGAGAACCUAAAGCCAAACACAAGGUAUUAUUUUAAAGUUCAAGCCAAAAACCCUCAUGGCUAUGGACCAGUCAGCCCUUCAGUCUCAUUUGUGACAGAAUCAGACAAUCCUCUGCUUGUCGUGAGGCCGCCAGGCGGCGAGCCCAUCUGGAUCCCAUUUGCUUUCAAACAUGACCCUGGCUACACUGACUGCCACGGCCGGCAGUACGUGAAACGGACAUGGUAUAGAAAGUUCGUGGGAGUCGUUCUCUGUAACUCACUGCGGUACAAGAUCUACCUCAGUGACAACCUGAAAGAUACAUUCUAUAGCAUCGGGGACAGCUGGGGAAGAGGGGAAGACCACUGCCAAUUUGUGGACUCACACCUGGAUGGAAGAACAGGGCCUCAGACCUAUGUAGAAGCCCUCCCUACCAUUCAAGGCUACUAUCGCCAGUAUCGCCAGGAGCCAGUCAGCUUUGGUAACAUUGGUUUCGGGACCCCCUACUACUAUGUGGGCUGGUAUGAGUGUGGGGUCUCCGUUCCAGGAAAGUGGUAACUACAGGACGAUGGCGCUGAACGCUUGCCCUGCCCGGCCCCCUUGACUUACUUGCACUAGGGGCCGAGAGCAGAAAAAGAAAGACAGUGUCCCAAGCUCCACUUCCCACAGGUGACAGCAAGGCCACGAGGUGGACGCCGGACAUGUCAGGCAUCUUCAGCCUGGAACUCAGUUCUUCUUGGCCCAGACUACACACAGGAUUCAAUGUUGCUCUUAACCUUGCCUCUCCACGUGUUUUGCUUGUAAUAGCACAUUACAGAGAUGGCAGAGACAUGCCCACUGAUUCCGUGUGAUUUUCAUACUUUGGAGGCCCCACACGGAGACGUGUCGGUGUCUCCAGGGAGCAGCAUAAGCAUGCUGCGCUUGCUUCAUGGAACGCUACACGCUUUCUUUUUUCUCACUGGACUCCAAAAUUGAAUUUGGACUCUCCAAAGCUGAAUUUAAGCUUCGGAACUCUUCCUAUGCAGUAGAACGGAAUUACUAAACACACCACUGAAGGAAAUAUAUCCUACUUAAGAUUUAUUCUAUGGACUUAGCCGCCGGUAGACCAAAUGUAUCAAAUCUUAUUUGUAAAUUCUCAAUUUUGAUAUAUAUAUGUAUAUAUGCAUAUACAUAUCCACACUUGUCUGCAAGAACAUUGAUUAAAAUUGCUAAAUUUGUACUUGUACACUACACAAAUGUGUGUGGGACUUUUUAGAACACAGGUGCUGUUUAUUAACAUCUCUUAGAAGUGUCCAAAGGAUGUGUACUCUCCGUAAUAUGUCACCAAUGGAAGCAUUCUUCCUUCGAGUGCAGCUGAACUGUGGACAUGACUGGGACGCCCUGACACCAGCAGAAAAUUAUUGCAAAUCAAAGACCAAGGAGACAAUCCAGUUUUUAAAAACUCCUUUUCCCUUUCCUACCUAUCUCAGUACCUAUUUCUCAAAAUUUAAGCAUCUCAUCCCUCUUGACCAGGUGUAUAUAAAACAUGUGAUUCUAAUUCUUUGUAAAGCAUGGUGUCCUGCCCAUGUGCUCGCUCCUCCGUGUCCUCAGGCAGCCCUGUGGAAUGAAGGCUUUGUUUUGUUUCCUACAGUUUCAGCAUAGGAGAAACAGUGGUGGGAACGAGCUGUAUGUAAACACUUUUCUGAGGCCCACAGGCUCUUCCACUAUGUAAUUGAUAUAACAGCAGAAUGCAGUCCAGGCUCCUGGAAUCAAUUAUUUGCAGGGCCGGUGCUGUACUGCAGUAACCCUGAUGUGUCUGGUAGGUGUGAAGGUAAAGUUUACAAGGACACAAGUAACUUGGCAGGGUCUUUGUGAUGGGGCUGUGAUAGUUGGCACUUUCCUCAAAUUCCACAGUCCUUUUUCCAUAGUAAACAACAGUGAAGAAAAUGCAAGCAUUCUGACAGCCUGGGAAAAUGCUACAACUCCUUAGGGGGACAGUUUAGCUACCCAGUUCAUAUGUUACACUUUAGUUUGCAAAACAGGACAGGCAUCUUUAAUAGCUUUUAUGACUCUCAUACAUGAAUAGUGGAUUAUUUUAAGAGGGAUGCCUAAAAGCACCUAUUUUCACACUGAUUAACAUUCAAACAUACCUCACAAUGCCAAGCCAAUGAUGAGAUCUUUAAAUAUAAGUGCAUUUUCCUAA